AUGACCCGCAUCCACACUCUGGCGCUGGGCUUCCUCUGCCUGCACCCCUGCUUGACCGGCGCCAUUGUCGACAAAUGGACCCCAGAAGGCUUCGACUGGGACGCCCCGUUCGUCAAUGACACGGUCUCGUCCGGCCUGACCAUGAAGGCCCAGGGCGCGCCCUCCACGACGGACCUGACCAACGUGGCGCUGCAGACGGGCGAGGACGGCGUGGCCGUCGUCCCCGUCGCCGCGUUCCUCGGGUUCGCCUGGCGGGUUGUGAACAUCGCGGCGGCGGGAGUUGCGCUCAAGAACACGAUAAAAACGUGCAAGCAGACGUCCAACGAGGAGGCCUCGGUCUACGACUGCCUCGAGGGCGUGGUCACGACGGCCAUCGCCUUCGGGGGCGCCGCGUCGGCCGCGAAGCAGAUCGGCAGUCAAGCCCGGGGGUGCUAUUCCCUCAUCGUCUGCAGAAUGGCAUCGCCGAAAUCGUACGCCAGCCCGCAAACCCCCUCUCUACCAAUCGAGAUGGACGCCUUCCCGAUCCACCGCCACCCGCGCCGAGAUCUGCACGCCCAGCUCUCGCACAACGACUAUGUCCGGCGCCAGCUGCGCAGCCUGUCGACGAGCGAGCCCGAGUUCCUCGGCUACGCCGCCGACGACCACAAGCUAGCCCGCCGCGACUUCGGCACGCACCCGUACGUGCCGAUGUACCGGUUCGAGCACGCCGCCCACGGCCGCAUGGAGAUCACAACGCGGGACACACUCAACGGGACGUUCUUCACGAUGGCGCAUGCGGGCCAGUCGACGCACCUCCUCGGGCGGCGCGAGCUGGACGCGCUGCACGCCCGGGUCAAGCGCGGCGAGGUCUACGACCAGGAGACGCUCGAGGGCGGCGCGGUCGAGGCGCGGUUCGACCAGGACGCGUCGAACGCGGAUCCGGGCGAACUCUCCGCGGACGCUGGGCAGCUGUUUGAUGCGCUCAUGCCCAGCGUGGACUGCUUCAUGGGGCAGGAUUACAAGGAUGGCAAUGUGCUCGAUGUGCAGAUGUAUGACAAGACUAACCAGGCGACGUUUGGGUUUGGGACUAUUGGAUUGUAUGAGAAUGAUGACGAUGCGAAUACCAUUGCGGAUUUGGAGCCGGAAGGGAUGCCGCUUCCGGAGUGCAAGUGA